CGACGGUGAAGCUACCAUCAGAGACCACGAACAUUGGGCCUUCCCAGUCAUCAGAACCUCACGAACAGGAACGUACUUCCAAAGAUGCACCGGAUAGCAAUCCAACACUCCAGGGAGGAGAAGUCAUGGCGGAGAAAGACCAGCCAAAUCCGAGUCUCAGUGAACUAACAAAUGUCAUGAAGGACGUAUUGGAUGUUCUCCAGAACUCGACGAUUGCGUCAAAGAGUGGAAAAGACGAUCGGUCUCGUUUCUGGGGGAUGUAUAAAAGAGUCGCAGAGGAACACGACGGCGAGUUCCUCGAGCGAUAUACUACUGACAUGGACAUCGUCUUGAUUUUCUCUGGUCUUUUCUCCGCCGUCAGCUCGGCUUUCAUUGUCGCCAUGGAGUCUGAUCUCAGUCCCGACCCCAGCGACACCACGAAUGCUCUUCUCAAGCAAAUCGUCCAGAUCGGACUUGGUGACUUCACUGCAGCAGGCUCCGCCCCCGCAGACCCAGCAUCUACAUGGUCGCCAGCUGCGUCGACUGUGAGGAUCCAAAUGGUCGUAUACGCAAGCUUGUCCAUGAGCUUACUAGCAGCGUUCGGGGCCGUAUUAGGCAAGCAAUGGCUCGGGUACUACAAAACAAAGAGAUAUGGUCGCGGGUCGCAGGAGGAUCAAGGGAAGCGCAGGCAAGAGAAGUUUGAAGGCCUCGUCGCAUGGUAUUUUGAUGCCGUCGUGCAAUCCUUUCCUGUCCUGCUUCAGAUCUCCCUCCUUCUCUUUGGGGUUGCCCUCGGCGCAAAUAUGUGGCACAAGCAGCCCGGCAUCGCCUGGGUCAUCAUUUCCACAACAGCCUUCGGAUUUCUGUUCUAUUCGCUAACGGUGAUGGCGUGUUUGAUAUCUCCCGCCUGUCCAUUCCAGACGCCGAUCUCGAUAGUGUUGCAAAAAUUGCACAUGGACAGUUCUACGCCCAGCAUUCAAACGAGUCUUCAGUUAUUUCCAGCAGCUCACGACGUCAGCGCAUGGUGUGCUGCAACGAUUGCUUGGUACCGUCAGAUCAAGAUGGACCCGAAUGUCUGAAGUACUUGCGGGCCCUGGCUGCAUUUUUUCCUUCCGCACUCUUCGGCAAAGGUUGUAGACGCAGAAGCACAAUCACUCGACCAGGAUCUAGAUGUUUUGAAGGAAAAUGAUGGCAUCCUUACCCUUGACCUUCCGGACACA